ACAAUAAUAAGAGUAACAAUUAGCAAUGGCUGUUCCUGUAUUUACUCUUCAGUUGAACUGUAAGAUAUUACCUGGUCGAGUUACCAUCGGCAAAUAUGAUGGAUCUCAUUCUUGCUUGACAGCAGCAACUACAGCUGAUAAGGUUUUAAUUCAUAGUCCUCAUCGACGACUAGGCCCAGCAUCACAAAUAACUGGUGCCACAACCUGGAGCCAAGUUAACAAAGAAAUAUCCCUUUUGAGUGUAAAUCGUAAUGUCUCUGCCCUUGCUGCUGGUCGUCUCCAUCCUGAGUUGGAACAGGACAUUCUUAUUGUGGGAACACAGUCAAGUGUUCUUGCUUACAAUGUGGAAAGCAAUAAAGAUCUAUUUUACAAAGAGGUUGCAGAUGGAGCCAAUGUUAUUGUAGUUGGGAAUUUGAGUGGAUAUGAGAAUCCCCUGGCAUUGGUGGGAGGAAACUGUUCAAUUCAAGGAUUCGAUUAUAAAGGUAAUGACCCCUACUGGACUGUAUCUGGCGACAAUGUUAGAUCACUUGCAUUGCUGGACUACGAUCUUGACGGAGAAAAUGAGCUAAUUGUAGGAUCUGAUGACUUUGACUUGAGAGUGUUUAAAGAGGAUGUAAUGGUUGGGGAAACAUCAGAAACAGAGGUAGCGACUAUUUUAGCCCCCUUAAGAGGCAGCAAAAUGGCUUACGCUCUGGCAAAUGGCACUGUUGGUGUAUAUAACAAACUUCAUCGUGUUUGGAGGGUCAAGUCCAAAAACCGUGCAGUUUCCGUACUGAGCUAUGACAUUGAUGGUGAUGGUGUCGAAGAACUUGUCACUGGGUGGUCAAAUGGAAAAGUUGAUGCUAGAAAUAGUCGCACCGGAGAGGUGGUUUUCAAAGACAAUUUCAACUGCAGCAUCGCAGGACUAGCAGAUGGAGACUACAGACUUGAAGGAAGAUCCCAAUUGAUUUGUUGCUCGGUUGAUGGUGAAGUUCGUGGCUAUGACUCUUCACGUCUUGGGACAUUGAUAGAGGGCAAUGUGCAUCAGGAUGCAGUGAGAGAUUUAUUGCAGAAAAAACAGGCUCUGCUGAUGGAACUGAGGAAUUAUGAAAGCAAUACUCGUUCAUCGGGCAAUGCCGUAGGACAGGCCAAUAUGAAUGCAGGAAUGAUACCAGCGAAAACUAGCUUGCAGACUACUGUUUCUAUUAACAUGGGAAAUAAAUCCAAGGGUCCUCAUGUGGAACUUUGUCUCACAACUAACAAUGAGACUAUAAUAAGGGCAGUGCUGGUUUUCGCUGAAGGAAUAUUUGCUGGAGAAACUCAUGUAGUGCAUCCUCAUGAUGAUGAACUGUCAUCCAGUUUGAGGGUUGCUCUCUUCCCACCUCGUGAUGUUCCCUUAGACAUCCACAUUAAGGCUCUUGUGGGUCUUCCCCGCACCGAGCAAUUCCAUGUAUUUGAACUGACCCGUCAUUUACCUCGAUUUGCCAUGUACACUCUGAUGUCAGCUACAGCACCACUUUCACAAGACCAGCCUCACAACUUUGUUUCAUUUUUCAUUAGUGAAAGAGUUCAAAGGGUCAUCCUGUGGAUAAAUCAAAAUUUCCUUCUGUCAUCUGAACUGGAGCAAGAGGCCAGUGGAGGCUCUUUAUCUGUUUCCUUCACAGCCUUGAGAGAUGGAUCACUCCUUAAUAUAUCCAUGCACCCUGCAGGGAGAGUUGUUAUAUCUACACCUAACAUGACUCUUGCUGGCGACCUUGUGCAGUCCCUAGCUUCUUUCCUCAAUCUGUCAAAUCUGCAAGUGAUAGCUGAAUUUCCUGAUGAAUUGGCUCACUUGGGAGAGUGGCUGGAAAAAGUUUCAAAUCUUCAAGAAGUCCGUAUUCAGUUAGGAGCAGAUCUUGCCCAUCGUGCAGGACUUGUUCGAAAUCUAAUUGUUCGAGCUGAGGAUGCCAGGCUUUUACCUGACUUAAAAAGCAUGCGAGAUUGGCAUUCACAACUGAAGGAAGUGAAUGACGAUCUCAUUAACAGUUAUAACAUAAGAUGCAGUAACCACAAUGAGUUACUUGAUAUUUUGAAACAAAUAAAUCUUACAAUUCAAAAGGCUGCUAGGCUGAGAGUUGGUCAAAGUAAAGCGGAUGUUGUGAACCUCAGUAGGUCAGCAUUGCAAAGCAACAAUCUACACUCUCUAAUGAAGAUAGUCAGAACUGGUGAAGCUUGAUGGUAUCUACAAUUUCUACAAAUGCGCUUUUGGAAAAAAA